UACAAUGGGACGAUGGAACGAUUCCGUAUCGAUGGGCUAAAGAUCUGAUUACACAGGCGGUGACAGACGAAGCAUCAUAUACCAUCGUAUACGUCAAGGGACGCGAAAAACGCGAAUGGCUGCGGAAUCUACUCCUGGAUGACGACGAUAUCUACAUCGAGACUAUCGACGCUCACUACAAAGACGUACCAUCUUUGAAUACUCUGGACGUUACGCAUACUUUGCGUUGUAACAAACAUGUAACCAAGUGUGCUUUGCAAAAUGUAUUUAAAUUGUUUAAUUGGUGGUCUUACCAUACGAAAUAAAAUAUGUUUUUAUGAAACACAAUUCUUCUUAUUUCCCCUCCCCUCCUUAUAAUUGGCUGAAGAAUCGAACACGUUCGUGCACGUUCAGUAUUGCAUCAACUCAAAUUCCAUACGUAAGCAGUGCUGACAUCGGCGCUUAAAAAUGUUUAGAUAAUCCCCUCUCCUUAUAAUUGGUUGAAGAAUCGAACAUGUUCAUGCACGUUCAGUAUUGCGUCAACCUCAGUGCAUACAAAACCUAACCAGCAGCAGCAGCAGCAAUAAAUUCCAUUGAGGGAAGCAGCAUGAACUAUUACGUUCCGCUUCAGGACGCCAAAACUCCACCGAAGAAAUGUAUCAGCGUUUUACCCGCACGUCGAGCAGUUCGUAUACUGAACAGCCGAUACGCACUGACGGCUACGGGAUAUAAGUACCUGGACAUCGGCAUCAACGUCGGUCCACCGAGCUACGUCGAGAUUGCGAUAGGAGAUCAUCGAGGAAACGAGCUGAUCCUAUCUCUCGAAACGUGGAAGGGACUCUAUGAACAACAAUGGAACAUCCAGAACCAUCUCUGCAAGGAUGUUCGCGACCGUCCUCUCACCGUUGGACCGUUGACGGUGCGAUUCAGUGAGAGUCCAGUGUGUGAUACCAAACUCGUGUGUCUGGAUUCAUCCAACGUACGAUUGAUGAUGACCGAAUCGACGUUUUUCGCCAUGAUUAACCUGGACCGCUGCAUCGAGCUGACGUACGCUCAGUUGGAUCGUCUCGUCGAAAAGGUCGACGCAAAGAUUGCACAAUUUUCAAAUAUCGCGUCCGCCGAGACUAAAGAUGUAACAAACGUAAUAUCAGCAAGCGAUUGCUUCAGCGCCAAUAACAUUAUAGAUUGUGAGCUGUUGGCUCUGGUUUUUAGUAAACCAUUGUAAAAAAACAGAUACAAUAAAGAAAUACUGUUCCAGA